UGUCGCCAGGUUUCUGGUUGCGAACACUGUUGGGCGCGCUCACAUCAGCUCGAAGCUCGCUCACCAUACAGCUGACAAGACGGAAAUACAGCGGUUGGGUCUUCUCGGCACUCGCGGACAAAUAGCGGUGGAAACUCGUUGAAAUCUGCCGGACGCCGAGGCUAGCAGAGCGGCGCAGUAUUCCUUCGCCCGCCUUCCAGACACACCUCCACCCACAUCUCGUGGACCUUCCCUCGCCAUGGGAGUGAAAGAAAUGGAAGCAUCAGUGGUACAGCAACCCUCUACUUCGAGGUGGAGUUGGGAAUGUGAAUCUCCACCGCCAUCCCUUACACCCGAGCAGGCGUCGAUGCUGGAGACAACCAUCGCAGAAGUUCAAGCCAGUCCGCUCUGCUCAGGCGCCGCCGUAGCCAACGGCGGGAGGACGGCCGUUUGGCGCUACCUGGAGGGAGCGCAGUGGAGGCUCGAGCCGGUCCGAGGGAAGCGAGUUAGCGAGUUUUUUCUCGAGACAUUGGCGUGGAGGCAAGACGGCGGUGUGGACACGGUGCUGGAUCGAGCUCACACUUUCGUCGACGAAGCUUCCUCGGGGAAGCUGUUCGUCCGAGGCACCUCUCUGUUGGGCCGGCCACUGAUCUGGGUUCAUGCCGGGUGGGAGGACGGCGCAUCCGGCCCAGAAGCCAGCCUUCGCUUCUUGGUCUACACUGUGGAGCGAGCGAUCGCCAGCAUGGAGCCGGAAACGUCCACGGGUGCUAGCAAGGGACAGUUCUGCGUUGUGAUCGACUGCACUGCGACCGGCGGCGAUGGGCAGCUACCUUCCCUCGCCUUCGUGAGGGAGGCCGUGUCGAUGCUGAUGCUCCGAUACCCUUCACGACUGGGCAACCUGUUCAUCGUGAACGCGGGCAAUAUGGUCUACUACCUGUGGCGGGCCGUUUCGCUUCUGCUCUCGCCGGUCACCCGCGAGAAAGUCGUGGUAGUGUCCGGGACAGAGCAACAGCAGCGAGAGUUGCUGCUGCAGCACAUCUCGGAGGACGCGUUGGAAGGCGGGCGGCUUGGCUUGAAAGGCGCGCCGCCUUUCCACGCGGAGAGCUACCUCAAGGGCGGCGAUGCGGGUGGUGGCAAGCCGUAA